ACAACUUUCCAUCAACAACUGAUCUCUACAGGCACUUUGGUGGUCUAUUCUUUCAAAAAGUUUUUUUUUUCUAAAUUCUUUCCCACCCUUUUAUUUUAAAGCCAUUUUGGACCCCUCCGGUUGGACCGUAGCGUCGAAACUCGACCCUACGGAUCGGAUCGCCUUGCUUUUCGCUAUGCGACGCCAGCAUCAACCAUCCUGGACCAAUCUUAUUUGAAACAGUCUUGGUAUCAUGAUAUUACUUCCCAGUGACCCCGUAGUUUGUUGGGCUCUUCGGUCAAGAUGCCCGGCAUUGCUGGCACGUCUCCCGCCUCACUAGAACACUUGGACCGGCCGCUAUUCAGGUCCCACAAGUCACUCCCCCGAAGGCCUAAUGGCGAUCCGAGUGUCCAUGUCAUCCACGCGUCUCCAUCCGACCCCAUCGUUGACACUUCAAAUGGCGGUACGCUCGCAACGCCGCCCGCUCUCCCUUUAACACCCCCCGGUGCGCCUCCAGAUGAAUCUCCAACUCCCAACGAGUUGGAAAUGCAAAAGUUCCCUUCUUCGCUUUCUAUGUCCGGAGCCGUGACUCCUUCCAAGCCAUCGCAUCCCCCGACCCCCGAAACGACGCCCCCUCGACUUACUACGACUACGUAUCGACCCGGAAUUGGCGGUCAAUUCCGACAGACAUCUUGCUCGUCUCGAGCGGAGUCCUUCCAAACUGCAUGCGAAAUGAUCUCGGAUGGUGAAACGGAGACCCCUCACAGAUCAUCCCCACCAUCGCGUCCCUCCACUAGGCAGAGAUCGUUUCAAAGAAGUGUCCAGUCGGAACGCAGUGAUGUCCGGCCAGACGACACCCCGGCUUGCGAGGAGCAUCCCGAUGCCACGUUAUUAAAGCCAUCUCGGUACGAAGGUAUCAAUGGGGAAUGGGCAACGGAGAACACCGACAGAUUUUCCCCCUCUCGCCAGAGGCAAAGGCGCUCAAGGAACCAUUCCUCUGACACUCCGACCGCAAAUACUCCUGAACAGCCUCGCGAUGUGAACAGUACCAGGGUGUGUGAAUUGGAUGUCUUACGAACACGCGGGAGGAGUGUGCGGGUCCGGGUCCGAGAUACUCAUGGCACCAGCGCCAGUCCGUAUCCGGAACAGUUCUCGGAGAAGAUCGACUGGAACCCUGCGGAAAGCCGGGUUGAUUCUUAUGACGCAGACGAUUGCCGCCGAUUUUCGAAUGUGUCCACGUCAUCGACAAUCGAAGUGAUGAUUGUUGACACACCCGAACCGUAUAAGCCCUCCCUGCGCCAUACGGAGAAGAGGGUUUCACUGCGUUCAGCCAGCUCUCCGGUUCCGAGGUCUGAGCGUGGGUCACUGGUCUCGAAUCCAGAUUCGCAGCACCGCUUGGUUCACAAGGUUGCGCGGAUCUCGGAAAAUGACCGCAAAAGCAUCGCGUCGGAGAUGUCCAUCUCGGAGGGCUCAAUCCAUGGUGCUGGGGGGCCUCAGCCGCAUGUGGAGGUCGUUCCAGUCGUUGUGAUACCAGAGCGUCAUUCUUCUUUGAGAUCCUCGACCUCAACCAGCAGAAAGCCGUCCAGUGCUAGCUCUCAGCCAUCAAGCCGCCGAACGCGCACGAGAUCAGGGAGCAGGCCAGAGUCGUUUGAUCGUCCUCCCCAGAAGAGGCGUACUCUAUCUAAUUCGAGUGCGCCCUCUCAUCAGGACACAGACUCCAGGGGUCGCAGCGUCGGUCGACCUGCCAUCCCUCCACGCAGCUCCUCGUUAUCUGCGCCUACCAGUCAGAAUAACUCCCGUGCCGCAUCCAUUACCUCGGAUACUAGUUCACGAAAUCACCCAUCGGCGAUAGAGACCGAAACGCAAACCCGGCCUCCCGAGCCAUCCAUGCCUGAGCCCGCCAAAGUCAGUCAUGUCCGUGGCCGGUCAGACAUUCCAGAUGUCGUGAAAACGCAGUCUAUCCUGAUCGGAGUGGAGGACAUGGCACACUUGCGCUCACCGUCAGGUGCUUUCACGCAAGGGUCAAUCCCGUCGUCAUCGCCAGGCCUAGUGGAGAUUAAUGAAGCUACCAUGGUGGCAUUUUCUCUACACAACAAUGAGUCUGUUCUGCUGGUUAACCCACAACGGCAGCCGGCACCUCAUGGGCUAGGGCUACGCAUGGAGUACCAAGACAAUUUGGCAAAGCCAGAACUUCCUCAAGGCUCGGAGCAGUAUGAGGUAAACUCGCCGCUGCAGAACCCGCGCCAGCCACCAGAGCCUCCAGUAUGUAAAAUCAUUCCACCCACCCCGGUGAAUGAGGCAGACCGUGAUCCCGAAAGAGACACGAGAACUGGCGAGACCGGCGAGCACCCAGCUCGUCGAUUUGGCUCUGUUCGGCGCCCUUGGAAGCUCCGACCUCGAUCCGAUUCGUUUAAUUCCAUUGCCCGAUCGUUUUCAGUGACGUCGGCGAAGAACCGCAUGGCAGGGAAAGAUCUAGACGGCAAACUCCACCCGUUCUGGCGACCUCGUCGGUUCUGGGAAGAUACAUCUGAAUCCGAAGACCAGUCCCCAAGAGAGCAAAACUUUCGCCCUUCCACCUUGGAGCCGGAACAGGUCAUCAGUAAUUCACUGGGGAUGCCCCAACAGCGGGUUGUAUUUCAGGGGCCUCCCAUUUCUCCUCGUAGCCUUGAAGCCAAACGGUCCUUCGAUGAGGCAGCGUCCCGUCGUCAGGCUAGGGAUAGUCUUGUGGGCAGCCGAGUAUUCAUGCCUGAGGCGUUAUAUUCACAAACUUCUCUCCACCAGCGACGAUAUCGCUCCCUCUCAUGGUGGCGACUGCGGCUUCGGUUUGGUUCGGUACGUAGCUUCCGCAAGCGCCUGAGACGCAGUUGGCAGCAGCGUGCCGAGGGGAAACGAGAAGCCCGACGCGAGAGGCUCAAGCAAAGUAUUGGUGAGGCUGUCCUUGUCGACUCCAGCACGCAGACACGGAGUAUGGUGCAAUAACUUGCCAUAUGGUCGCUUGGGUAUGAUCAGCACCUGACCGAUAUGAUGAAUGAUGACCAUGCAUAAUGGAUCGGUGUUCCUCCCCCCCCCCCCUUUUUUCAUCUUUUUCUUGUUACGUUUAUUUUUCUGUUGCAACUAUACUUAUGCUUGACGAUUCACGAUUGAUGGACCCCACAGAACACGCAAUGA